AUGAAAUCGACUUUCACCCUGGCAGGAGUGCUGGCACUCACCAGCUCUACUUCUGCUCAUUCAUGGGUAGAACAAGUACAAAAGAUUGCCCCAAAUGGCACCAUGGUUGGCCCUUUGGGCUAUGCUCGAGGCUGGGUUCCUCGAACCACGGCUGGCUGGGGCGACAAGAUACCACAGUGGUUGCUACCUCUCUCAGGCCAAUCAGCGUACAGCGGAGAUGAGAUUCUCAACAAGUAUCCAUUUCAGGCGAACCCUUCCCAGCCGAUGCUGCAGGCCAGCGCUGGCGAUCAUAUUGCUAUCCUUCACAUGGAGAACGGCCACACCUCGCUCCCUCAGAACCAGCCUCUGAAACCGCAUAACCGCGGUACCAUUUUCUUCUAUGGUACAUCCAAACCUAACGCUCAAGAGAAACUGUUUGAUGUUCAUCUUCGCUGGAACAGGGAUGGCACCGGCGGCGACAAACGGGGCGUGUUGCUUGCCACUCGCAACUACGAUGACGGCAAUUGCUAUCAGCCAAACAGCGGGCAGAUUAGUACGUCUCGUGCCCAGAAGCUUGCUAGUGACGGUGCUCAGCAUGGUCGAGAGCUUAUCUGCCAAUCAGAUGUGAAGCUGCCAUCGGACCUCGCACCUGGAUCAAUCUACACCAUCUACUGGUACUGGGAUUGGCCCGAUCUCAACGCAAAGGCAAUCAACAUGGACGCUACAAAGAACGGCAUUUACCCAUGGGCUGGAACCUUUAUGAGGGGAGAAAAAGAUCCUCACGGGUUCACCAUGGCUGCUAUUGCACGCAAUGAAAGCUAUGCCAGCACCAUCGACAUCAAGAUCACGUCGCCUGCUCUUAGUGGCUCGAAGCUCAAGGCUGCUGGUCAGUCAUUUGUUGCAAAACAGAACAUAUAUUCUAUGGCUAUUGAGAGCCAAAUGAAAAGCAACUACCAAGUCAACAUUGACGCCAACGGUGCUGCAAAGAAUCCCUCGAACGGUGACAACAACCCAGUGGAAUCGUCGGCUUCGACAGCCCCAACAGAUGCACCAAUUGGCGCCACACAAAGCCCUAUUACUGUUACAAAGACUGUCACCGUUGCUCCCCCUGCCGUUACGAAAACAGAGACCGUUUAUCUCUCUAUGCCGGCGGACACGUCCAUACUGCGUGAGACAGUCACGUCCCACAUACAGUCACAGCCUACCAAUGGGUAUCAACCUCCGCAGCUGACAAGCCAAACCUCCCAACCAGCUUCACCCACUACAAGUGUAAAUGACGAACUUCCUGCUGCUUCAGGUGGCGUCUACAUUGCUCCGGUUCCCACAGCUGUUCGUCGCCGUCGCUGGAGGAUUGCUCGUGCAUUGUAA